CUUAUCCAAUUGACCACCCUAAACUAAAAAAUUGUACCCCAAAACACAAAGUAAAUUAAGACAAAAUCAAACCCAAGGUAUAGGUAACCGGUGACUUACUCCUAGGGCACAUAUUGAAGCAAAAAAAAACAGUGUAUUAGUACUAUAUAUAUAGGUGAUAUGAUAUUAAUUAAGAUGCCAAAUUUAAGCAGAAACUAAUGGAGUAUGAAGACCAAGAAGAGGAGCAAGAGUUAGGAUACAGCACUGAACUAUCAGUCCGCUACAAGGAGUGCCUGAAGAACCAAGCCGUGGGCAUCAGCGCCCACGCCAUCGACGGCUGCGGGGAGUUUCUCCCCGCAGGCGGCGAUGAGGACUCCUCCCUCAAGUGCGCCGCCUGCGGCUGCCACCGCAACUUCCACCGCCGCGUGGGGUUUGGGGGCCCGCAGCAGCCGCUGCUUCUGGCCCACCAUCCGCGGGGCGGCUACAGAAGUAGCGGCUACUUGCAGGUGAGGCCGCCCCCAAACCCCAAGAGGCCCUCGACCUCAGGGGGCGGCCACGGGGACGAGGUGCAGGAGGACUACUACUCCGGGCCCGGGAGCAGCGGGGCGAAGAAGCGGUUCCGGACGAAAUUCACGGCGGAGCAGAAGGAGAGGAUGCUGAGGUUGGCGGAGAGGCUGGAUUGGAAAAUCCAGAAGCAGGAUGAGGAUUUGGUGCAGCAGUUCUGCGGGGAGGAGGGCAUCAAGAGGCACGUGCUUAAGGUGUGGAUGCACAACAACAAGCACACUCUUGAAAAACCUGAAGCCUUCUGCACUGCGUUCAUUGCCUGUGUUAUUGGUAGAAUUUCGAACUCUGUGCUACUUUUUUUCUUCACCCUUGCAUUUAUUGGAAGAAAUUUUAAGCCCAUCCAUUUAUUUCCACUGCUUUCCUCUUUUUAGCCAGCAAAUUGGUUUUAUAAUUAACCAAUUGGUAUUUUAUUUUUCCAAUUGCUCACGUAAUAUCCAAGCUUAAAUACCUUGAUUAAGCUAGAAGAUAAGAUGUAUUAGAACAUUAAGAUAAUGAAUUGACUUGUCGUGAAAGAACGAGCUAUCCGAUCUUUGGAAGACAAAAUUCCAGUGAUAUGUGAUUUGAAUCCGUAGAAAUCAUGUCCUAGAUUUUCAGUUCUAGCUUAUCUAUUGUUUAGCCCUAAAUGUAUUUAAAUUCUAAAUAUUGUCAAUUGUAUUAGAUUAAUAUAUUAGUUUCCUUAAA